AUGGCUGCCCCCGUCCUCCCUCUCCAGCAGGUCAAGCUACCUGCGCUGCCCUCGACCCGUCUAACCCCAGAGCAACAAUAUUGGAAGACUUUCAAGAACCCUCUCCUAAUCCCCUCGCCAGCAAACGGUCCCGUCAACCUCAUUACCCAGCCCGCUGCUCCGUCAUCCGCCGCAGCCUUCCCGUCUCUCACUCAACCCCCCGAUGUCUUCACCGUUACCACCGGCGCCCGCGUGCAAAUCUACUCAAUCCGUACCCGAAAGCUCCUCCGAACAGUCACGCGCUUCGACGAUACUGUGCGAGCAACAGAUGUGCGCCCGGACGGGCGUGUCCUGGCGACCGGUGACGAGUCGGGUACAGUGCAGGUGUUUGACGUGGGAUCUCGUGCGAUUUUGAAGACAUGGAAGGAUCACAAGCAGCCCGUGUGGGCGACAAAAUUUUCGCCUAGUGACCCGACGUCUGUUUUCACGGCUAGUGAUGACAGAACGGUGAGAUUGUGGGAAUUGCCCAGUGAAAAUAGUGUGCGGACGUUUGUUGGACAUACGGAUUAUGCGCGCAGUGGUGGGUUCAUGCCGGGGUCGCUAGCAUCGUCUGGGGUGGUUGUUUCGGGAAGUUAUGAUCGGACGGUGAGAUUGUGGGAUCCGCGGAUGGAGAGCCGGUCUGCUAUGACGUUCAAGAUGGGUGCGCCUAUUGAAGAGGUUCUACCUAUGCCUACGGGAAGUACGGUCUUGGCUGCUGCGGAUAACAAGAUCGCUGUGUUGGAUAUUGUGGCCGGAAAGCCGCUGCAUAUGAUCCAGAGCCACCAGAAGACGGUCACGUCGCUUGCACUGGCUUCUGGGGGUGAGCGACUGCUCAGUGGUGCGCUGGACGGACACAUGAAGGUGUUUGAGACUACCGGGUGGAACAUGGUGUCAGGAUCCAAGUACCCAUCCCCGAUUCUGUCUUUGAAUGUGAUUACCUCGGGGAUCAACCGGGAAGACAAGCACAUCGCUGUUGGUAUGCAGUCCGGCCUGCUUUCGAUCAAGACCCGACUCUCCGGACAACAGAAGAUCAAGGAACGUGAACGCAAGAAGGAAAUGCAAGCCCUGCUCGAAGGCAAACUCGAAGAACACGACCGCAAAGUCGCAAAACAAAAGCGUGGCUCCGGCUGGGAUAAGCGGUUACGCGGACGCGACUUCAUCGGUGAAGGAGUAGACAUCGUGAUCGAAGGACAAGACAGGAAGAAGCGAAAGAAGGAGCAAGCAUGGGAAAAUGACCUCCGCAAGGCCCGCUACUCCGCCGCGCUUGACCAGGUCCUCACCGGCAGCGACAAGACAGCGCAGCUCACUUGUUUGACGGCCCUUCGGCACCGAUCGGCGCUGCGGGCGGCGCUGCAGGGACGGGACGAGGUGACCCUGCAGCCUGUGUUGCAGUGGGUGUAUAAGAACAUCACGGAACCGCGGUUGGUGACUCUGAGUGUUGAGGUUGGUAUGAACCUGCUGGACAUCUACUCCGGGAACCUGGGCCAGUCGGCUCAGAUCGACAAGCUGGUUACACGGUUACACCGACGGGUACGGGACGAGGUGGAGAUGGCACAUCAAGCGUGCCAGACAAAGGGAAUGCUGGAUAUGCUGCGGGCUUCUUGA